GUCAGCCCACAUAAACAAAGGCACAUUGGAGAGGAGCUCAGAGCUCUGCAACUAGUACCAGGGACUUGUCUCCGCACCGGGAUGUACCGAUCACCUCUGACUGCUUAGAGGAGCCUCUCCGCUCUGCACCGCCGGAACCUAUGCUGACCCCCUGGGUACCCCUCCGCUGACCCAUUUACAUUGUGGAGAUUUGUCCCGACAAGAACUACAACACUGUCCUCCUUUACUUUCAUCGAAAACGUCCGCAGCCCGGCUGAAGCCAUGCCCUGUGUUCAGGCUCAGUAUGGGUCGUCGCCACAAGGAGCCAGCCCAGCUUCCCAGAGCUACAAUUACCACUCAUCAGGAGAAUACAGCUCCGAUUUCUUAACGCCAGAGUUUGUCAAGUUUAGCAUGGACCUGACCAACACUGAAAUCACUGCCACCACUUCUCUCCCCAGCUUUAGUACCUUUAUGGAUAACUACAACUCCGGCUACGACGUCAAGCCACCUUGCUUGUACCAAAUGCCAGUGCCUGGGCAACAGUCCUCCAUAAAAGUGGAAGAUAUUCAGAUGCACGGCUACCAACAGCACAGCCACCUGGCACCUCCAUCAGAGGAGAUGAUGGCACAUUCAGGCUCAGUCUACUACAAGCCUUCUUCACCCCCAACCUCCAACACCCCAGGCUUCCCAGUCCAGCACAGUUCAAUGUGGGAUGACCCUGGUAGCCUCCACAGCUUCCACCAGAACUAUAUGGCCACCAGCCACAUGAUAGACCAAAGGAAAGGUCCUGUGUCCAGACUGUCCUUAUUCUCUUUCAAGCAGUCCCCUCCUGGGACCCCAGUCUCUAGCUGUCAAAUGAGGUUUGAUGGCCACCACAUCUCCAUGAACGCUGAGGCCUCGGGUGUCCACCAUGUGGUGGAUGGACAGACAUUUGCAGUCCCCAACCCCAUCAGGAAACAGGCGGCCAUGGGCUUCCCUGGACUUCAACUUGGCCAUGCCUCCCAACUCAUAGAUAGCCAGCUCCCUUCACCCCCUUCCAGAGGGUCCCCAUCUAACGAGGGGCUCUGUGCUGUGUGUGGAGACAAUGCUGCUUGCCAACACUAUGGAGUUCGCACGUGUGAAGGGUGCAAAGGGUUCUUCAAGCGCACUGUCCAGAAAAAUGCCAAAUAUGUUUGUUUAGCCAAUAAAAACUGCCCGGUGGACAAAAGGCGGAGGAAUAGAUGUCAGUACUGCCGCUUCCAGAAGUGCCUAGUUGUUGGCAUGGUCAAAGAAGUGGUCCGCACAGACAGUUUGAAAGGUCGGAGGGGUCGCUUGCCAUCCAAGCCCAAGAGCCCUCAGGAGCCGUCUCCCCCGAGCCCCCCGGUGAGUUUGAUCAGUGCCCUAGUGAGAGCCCACGUCGAUUCCAAUCCGGCAGUCAGCAGCCUGGACUAUUCCAGGUUUCAAGCUAAUCCAGACUUCCAAAUAAAUGGAGAUGACACUCAACAUAUACAGCAGUUUUAUGAUUUGCUGACCGGUUCUAUGGAGAUCAUCAGAGGUUGGGCUGAGAAAAUCCCAGGCUUCUCUGAGCUUCACAAACAGGACCAGGACCUUCUCUUUGAGUCGGCUUUCCUGGAACUCUUCGUCCUGCGGUUGGCAUACAGAUCUAACCCAGCUGAGGGCAAACUCAUCUUCUGUAAUGGGGCAGUGCUGCACAGGUUACAGUGCGUCCGGGGCUUUGGCGAAUGGAUUGACGCCAUUGUUGAAUUCUCCUCCAAUUUACAGAGCAUGAACAUUGACAUUUCAGCCUUUUCCUGCAUUGCUGCUUUGGCCAUGGUCACAGAGAGACACGGGCUCAAGGAACCCAAGAGGGUGGAGGAACUCCAGAACAAAAUCAUCAACUGCCUCAAGGACCAUGUGACUUUUAACAAUGGGGGCUUGAACCGACCCAACUACCUUUCCAAACUUUUGGGGAAAUUGCCUGAGCUUCGCACACUUUGCACACAGGGUCUCCAACGCAUUUUUUACCUAAAACUGGAAGACUUGGUACCACCCCCGGCCAUCAUUGACAAACUUUUCUUGGACACACUACCUUUUUAAAAAAACAAAAAAACAUUUUAAUGGACAAUCUACAAAUAACUUCAGACUAAAGGGACUCUACCUGUGAAAAAAAAUAUAUAUAUAUAUAUAUAUGCAGUUUGGGUGCCAAAUUGCCAACAGUGAACUUAUGGUACAUGCGCCAGUGUCAAGCAACUAUCACUGCAGGAUCCAUAGAAAAAUAAUAAAAACGGACUCAACCUGCUGACAUCAUUCCUAAGGUCCACUCUUUAGAACACAUCUCUUAAAUUCUUGCUAAGAGCUUCAAAGAAUGACCUCAGUCUAUAGUAUUAAGGUGACCAAUCGCAUUGCCCUUCUCUAAAGACUUAUAAUAUAUGAUUUUUUUUUUUUUUUUUUUUUUUUUAUUAUUAUUAAAAAAACUGUAAUAUAUUGUGAAAAAAAAAGAAAAAAACAGUUCAGUGGAUGGCAUGAAGGAUUCAAACGUAAAAACAGGCUUGUACAUGUAUAAAAUACAAUUUAGCUAUUUUUAAUCAUUUUGUGCCUAUUUAUGAAUAAAUAUUAAACCGAUUCUACAAGCUGUGUUUGCAAAAAAAUAUAUAAAUAUGAAUAAUAAAAAAAAGAAAGAAAUAUUGCAUAAAAAGCAUGUUUAUACAGUACUAGAUCGGAAAACCUUAUAGGCAAUUGCUUCUUCGGUGAUGUCUAUAUUAUAUAAAUAGUAUACAGACACUAUGUAGUCUGCUAGAUUUUAUAAAGAUUGGGUAGUUAUUCGAGCGUCAGAAAAAUAAAAAAAAACAUUUUUCUCAACUGUAAAAUAUGUAGGCACAAGUAUUACAGAAAUACCAAGACACAGGGCACAGCAUUGUUUGGAAGUGUCCAACAUUCCUUGUUUGUAAGUGUUGUAUGUACUGUUGAUGUUAAUACAAAAAUUUAUACAGUAUCUUCCUUUUUUUAUUUUUAUUUUUUGUUGUCUAAAUUGAAAACUUGCAUGCAACAGCUUUUCAACGGUUUCCAAGGGUUAUCCUACACAAACCCAGCGGAAAUUAAUAAGCACUUUGAUUUUUUUUUUUUUAUUGUCUCCAAAAAAAUGUCAGUUAAUAUAUUAUUUCAUUGUUUGGAAGUAAAAUUUGUAAUACUGCCAUCAUCA